AUGGAACUAAUGCAGCUAAAGCAACGUUUCCUAUCUGUGGCGGACUACACCAACAAGUUUGAGGAGCUCUGUAGGUUUUCUAGGGUAUGUCAAGGUGCCCCGAAGACUUACGAGAGCUGGAAGUGCAUUAAGUAUCAGAGGGGUUUAAAGGAUAGCAUUAUGACUGCUGUGGCGCCUAUGGAGAUCCGUGUCUUCUCCGACUUGGUGAACAAGGCAAGAGUGGUGGAGGAGUAUGCCAAGACUGUGGCGGAUCCGUUGAUGAGAGGUAUAUGUCUAAUUGGUGAUAAGUCCUUAGUUGCAUUAUAUGAUACUGGAGCUUCGCAUUCGUUUAUUUCAUUUGCUAAAGUUGAGGAAUUAGGUUUGAAAGUGUCAGAGUUACCAUUUGAUCUACAUGUACAUACUCCACAUCAGACAGUUAUGACUAGGUCAGGUUGUAGACAAGUAGGUUUCAAGCUUGAAGGUAGAGAUUUUGUGCAUGAUUUGAUCUGUUUACUAAUGGUGGGAGUAGAAAUGAUUUUGGGGUUUGAAUGUUUGUCGAAGAAUCGGGUUUUGUUGGACUGCCUUGAGCGGACCAUUCGGUUUAUGCCGGAAGGAGAGAAUGGAGCAGUGGUAGCUACGGGGUAUUAUCUGAACUCUGUAAUGGUGCAUUGUAGUGGGAAGGAGUGUCAGGGUUAUAUUCUGUUGGCUGCUAAUGCGUUGGGUGAUGCCCAGAACUUGGAUCAGAUACCGGUGGUUAGAGAAUUUCUGGAAGUAUUUCCGAAAGAUAUCCCUGAGUUCCCACCUCAAAGGGAAAUUGAAUUUGCGAUUGAAUUGGUGCCUGGAGCUAGACCAGUGUCGAUUGUGCCUUAUAGAAUGGCUAUGAUAGAGCUGGCAGAAUUAAAGACUCAGUUGGAGGAGCUUCUGAACAAGAGUUACCAUCAGAUACGGGUGAAAGAGGAUGAUAUCCCUAAGACUGCGUUUAGAACACGCUAUAGACACUACGAGUUUGUGGGUGUUUCGUCCCUUUUUAGACAAAUUCGUGGUGGUUUCAUAGAUGACAUCUUGGUUUACUCUAACAUGGCAAAGGAGAAUGAGGAACACUUGAGGAUUGUGUUGCAAAUCUUAAAGGAGCGGAAGUUGUACGCUAAGUUGUCAAAGUGCGAGUUCUGGAAGGAGGAGGUGAAGUUCUUAGGCCACGUGGUGAGCAAAGGAGGAGGAAUAGCUGUAGAUCCUUGA